AUGGAAUCCACCCCCUCAGUGAGUCCGUUGACUCCAACGCCGGGCACCUCGAACUUUCCAGCUGUUCCUAGGCCGGCAUUGAAGUCCCGACCAAGCACAAAGCGUAACAGCAGUUGGCUGACGACAAAACUGUCCCGCAACUCUUCCAUGACAUCUAAAAGCCAAAGCAUUCCGAUCUUGGUUCAUAUCGGUGACCUCCUAAAGCCCCCGCCCACCACACUUCAGCUUCCUCCGGACCAGGAAGUCGAUGAAGGUUUCCCAAAGGCUAGUUCAGAGCGUAUGCAGUCUGAUUUGGGAGCCGGCAGGACUUCUUCUCCCAGUCUUUCACGCUCCGAAACACUUGCACACUCGACAUCGGUAAUAGGGCUCGGGGGUAGCAGGGAUAGCGUCUUGGAAGAUCUAGAGGGAAAGUUGGAUCCGGAGGAACAGACGAAGAGCAUUUAUAGCUUGGUUCCAGAACCACCUGCAGACCCGUUUGAGCACUUUGAUAAAUGGUUUCCGAAAUCACCCCAAGAGGAGAUACACAUGGAAGGAAGACAGAAAGCCUUUGUGGAUAAGACGCUUCCACAGCCACCGUACCACGUAUUCGACCAUAGCAAGAAGUUUCAGAUUGUCGUUCUUGUCUCCCUAGCUGGCAUCUUGUCGCCAAUAUCAACUAGUAUCUAUCUCCCAGCACUUACAGCAAUUGCAUCGGAAUUCAAUAUCAGUUCUGCAGUGGUGCUGUUGACCGUCACUGUUUUCAUGGUCUUCCAUGCUAUUGCACCCUUCUUCUGGAUGCCAAUAUGUAGCACGCUUGGUCGCCGUCCUACUUUCGUGCUAACAUUAACUGUCUUUGUGGGAUCCAAUAUCGGCCUCGUAUAUUCAAGGAGCUUUGCAGCCUUGAUGGUCCUCCGAGCCGUGCAGGCUAUUGGAAGCGCAGCUCUGACAGCUAUUUGUGCGGCUGUGAUUGGUGAUAUUUCAAACUCUAAGGAAAGGGCGAGGUUCAUUGGACUGUUUGCUGGAACAUUGAUGUUCACCUUCAUCGGACCAUUCCUAGGCGGAAUCUUGACUCACUGGAUGGGUUUUCGGUCAAUAUUCUGGUUCCUUUUCGCAUCUGGAAGCGUGGUACUCAUCUUGAUCAUAAUGAUGCUCCCGGAAACCCUCCGAAGUAUCGCAGGGAAUGGUACAAUCAGACUAAAACCCAUCCAACAACCUCUUAUACACAUCUUCAGAUCAUCCUCCGAUACCCCUUUCGACUCUGAUCUCGCUAGCUUUUGCGUCCGCACAAAGUCCCUAAGCAUGGAUAGCAUUCUCGAACCCUUCCACUGCCUUUUGCAAAAAGAUGUACUGGUCACCGCCAUUGUAGGAAGUGUUGUUUUUGCAAUCUGCACCACGGUCAUCACAACCACCACCACAAUGUUUGAACAACACUACCAUAUCUCCGCUUUCACAAUCGGCCUUGCCUUCCUCCCAGCAGGCGCCGGCUCCGUAAUAUCGUUCUUCCUCACGGGAUACCUGAUGGAUCACGACAUGCGAGUAGUCGAGAACAAAUACAGAAACAUGUACGACCUAGAAAAAAACACGCCCCUCGCCCACAAAACCCUACCAGACUUCCCCCUCGAACGUGCCAGGCUGCGCAACUUGUGGUGGAUUGCUCUGAUUUUCAUCGGCACCACAGCCGGGUACGGGAUCUCGUUUUCCGCCCCGACAAUCGCAGCGCCUCUCAUCCUACAAUUCUUCAUCGCCACCAGUGCCACUGCACUCCUGUUGCUCAAUGGGGUUCUGGUCAGCGAUCUGUACUCUGGCAAUGCAUCGGUGACGCUAGCUGUCAACCUCGUUCGUUUUUCGACGGGCGCGUUGGCUGUCGGGACUGUGCAGCUAGCGUUGGACCGGAUAGGAAACGCGUUUACAUUCUUGGCGCUGGCACUGGUCAUGUUAGGAAUAACGCCCAUUAUGAUUGUACAAUGGGUGUUUGGCAGGCCUUGGCAAGCAAGACGGAAUUCAAGCUGGCCUCGCCGGAAACUGUCGGCGGAAAUCACUUUGCCGGUUACGGCACUGAUGGAUAGAUGUUUGGCGUUCAUAAGAAGCAGGCGCUUGCCGGACUUGAGAGCCAUGAGCGUGGAAACCGUGGACUCGGUGAGGAGUCGGAGCAGGAAUAUGAGCAGGAAUAGUAGCAAGUGGGGAUGA